CGGGCUUCCGGAGAGCUCACAGUGGCCUCCGCGGUGGCUUCGGAGCCAGGGGCUUCGCGAGCCUGCGAGAGCCGGUCUUGGCCGGACCCCCGGAAGGCGUGGGACCGCUUCGCCCGGCCCCGCCCGCCACACCUGGGAGCCAGCACCGCCGCGGGGCGGGGCGGAGCGGGCUGGGGCGGCAGCCUGCCCCGCUGCAGCGGCGAAGGGGAGGGUCUCGGGCAGCGUCCCGCUCCUCCGAGGGAGGGACCCCAGCUGGGGUGGAAACCAGCCGCCGCGAGCCGCGGAGACGCGCCCGGUGACCAUGGACCCGGCUGGCCCCAGCCCCGAGCGGCCGCAGCGGGACCAGGACUCGGUCGAAGCGUGGCUGGACGAUCACUGGGACUUUACCUUCUCUUACUUUGUUAGAAAAGCCACCAGAGAAAUGGUCAAUGCAUGGUUUGCUGAGAGAGUUCACACCAUCCCUGUGUGCAAGGAAGGUGCCCGAGGCCACGCUGAGUCUUGCUCCUGCCCUCCGCAGCAGAGUCCUCGGCCAGACACCAGUGCUCCUGGAACUCCAACCAGGAAAAUCUCUGCCUCGGAAUUCGACCGCCCCCUCAGACCCAUCGUUGUCAAGGAUUCUGAGGGAACUGUGAGCUUCCUUUCUGACUCAGAAAAGAAGGAACAGAUGCCUCUAACCCCCCCACAGUUUGACAGUGAUGAAGGGGACCAGUGCUCAAGACUCUUGGAAUUAGUCAAAGAUAUUUCUAGUCAUUUGGAUGUCACAGCGUUAUGUCACAAAAUUUUCUUGCAUAUCCAUGGACUCAUCGCCGCUGACCGCUACUCCCUGUUCCUUGUCUGCGAGGACAGCUCCAACGACAAGUUUCUCAUCAGCCGCCUCUUUGAUGUUGCUGAAGGUUCAACAUUGGAAGAAGCUUCAAAUAACUGUAUCCGUUUGGAGUGGAACAAAGGCAUCGUGGGACACGUGGCCGCGUUUGGUGAGCCCCUGAACAUAAAAGAUGCAUACGAGGAUCCUCGGUUCAAUGCAGAGGUUGACCAAAUUACAGGUUACAAGACCCAGAGUAUUCUUUGUAUGCCAAUUAAGAAUCACAGGGAAGAGGUCGUUGGUGUAGCCCAGGCCAUCAACAAGAAAUCGGGAAAUGGCGGGACAUUCACGGAGAAAGACGAAAAGGACUUCGCUGCUUAUUUGGCAUUUUGUGGUAUUGUUCUUCACAACGCCCAGCUCUAUGAAACAUCACUGCUGGAGAACAGGAGAAAUCAGGUGCUGCUUGACCUCGCUAGCUUAAUAUUUGAAGAACAACAAUCAUUGGAAGUAAUUCUGAAGAAAAUUGCUGCUACUAUUAUUUCCUUUAUGCAGGUGCAGAAAUGCACCAUUUUCAUAGUGGAUGAAGAUUGCUCCGAUUCUUUUUCUAGUGUGUUUCACAUGGAGUGUGAGGAAUUAGAAAAAACAUCUGAUCCUUUAACAAGGGAACGUGAUGCAAACAAAAUCAAUUACAUGUAUGCUCAGUAUGUGAAAAACACUAUGGAACCACUUAAUAUCCCAGAUGUCAGCAAGGACAAAAGGUUUCCCUGGACGAAUGAAAACACAGGAAAUGUAAACCAGCAGUGCAUUAGAAGUUUGCUUUGUACACCUAUAAAAAAUGGGAAGAAGAAUAAAGUCAUAGGGGUUUGCCAACUUGUUAAUAAGAUGGAGGAGAAUUCUGGCAAAGUUAAGCCAUUCAACCGCAAUGAUGAACAGUUUCUUGAAGCUUUUGUCAUCUUCUGUGGUUUGGGGAUCCAGAACACGCAGAUGUACGAAGCGGUGGAGAGAGCCAUGGCCAAGCAGAUGGUCACGUUAGAGGUCCUGUCGUAUCAUGCUUCAGCAGCAGAGGAAGAGACAAGAGAGCUCCAGUCAUUAGCGGCUGCUGUGGUACCGUCCGCCCAGACCCUUAAAAUUACUGACUUCAGCUUCAGUGACUUCGAGCUGUCUGAUCUGGAAACGGCACUGUGCACAAUCCGGAUGUUUACUGACCUCAACCUCGUGCAGAACUUUCAGAUGAAAUAUGAGGUUCUUUGCAGAUGGAUUUUAAGCGUAAAGAAGAAUUACCGGAAGAACGUUGCCUAUCACAAUUGGAGGCACGCUUUUAAUACAGCUCAGUGCAUGUUUGCUGCCUUAAAAGCAGGCAAAAUCCAGAGCAAGCUGACGGACCUGGAGAUACUUGCAUUGCUGAUUGCCGCGCUCAGCCACGAUUUGGAUCACCGUGGUGUGAACAACUCAUACAUCCAGCGAAGUGAACAUCCCCUUGCUCAACUCUACUGCCAUUCCAUCAUGGAGCACCACCACUUUGACCAGUGCUUGAUGAUCCUUAAUAGUCCAGGCAAUCAGAUUCUCAGUGGCCUCUCCAUUGAAGAAUACAAGACCACACUGAAAAUAAUCAAGCAAGCUAUUUUAGCUACCGACCUAGCACUGUAUAUUAAGAGACGAGGAGAAUUUUUUGAACUUAUAAGAAAAAAUCAAUUCGAUUUGGAAGAUCCUCAUCAAAAGGAAUUAUUUUUAGCCAUGUUGAUGACAGCCUGUGAUCUUUCUGCAAUUACAAAACCUUGGCCAAUUCAACAACGGAUAGCAGAACUCGUAGCAACUGAGUUUUUCGAUCAAGGAGACAGAGAAAGAAAAGAACUCAACAUAGAGCCCACUGAUCUAAUGAACAGGGAGAAGAAAAACAAAAUCCCGAGUAUGCAAGUUGGGUUCAUAGAUGCCAUCUGCUUGCAACUAUAUGAGGCCCUGACCCACGUAUCAGAGGACUGCAAGCCUUUGCUAGAUGGCUGCAGGAAGAACAGGCAGAAAUGGCAGGCCCUCGCAGAGCAGCAGGAGAAGACCAUGGUGAAUGGGGAGAACAGCCAGGCCAAGCGGAACUGAGCUGCGGCUAGGUGCAGAGUUGGAGGAGUUUACAGAGGCCGCCUGUCUGCAGUACGCCUGGUUUCACUGUGCACCGUUUAGAUUGGGUGUAGACCUUGUCAUUGCUGUAUUUUUAUUUUUGCACAACUCUUGAGAGCAUAGCGUGAAUGUUUUUAAUGGUCAAUUACAUUGUUUUCUGUACGUUCGUCGUAUGCCACUGAAGUGAUUCCCCACGCCCAUCCUCCUUCACACGUUGAUCAGAGCACUGUUUGCCGUAUUUGUGUACUACAAAGUGUAAGUGAUGUUCUUGCACUGAGGUGGUUUUUUGAUUGGGGAUUAUAGACAACUAGUUUUGUAUUUUCUCAGUUACCAAUCUUUCAAUAAUAUUUAAAGUCUUUAUUUCUGAAAGUAGGUUAGCAGACAAUUACAUACAUUCUGGGACAUCUAAAGCCAUCAUAGGGUAGAAUAAACGUCAGCUGAGAAAAUUUUAAAGAGAAAAGCAUACGUGUGUUGAAAAUAUCUUAAAUUUAGGACACUGAGACCCGCAUGGCGGGUACUGAGACAGUGUGGUAGAGAAAACAUAGCAUGUAACUGGCUCGCUCUUUUUGAAAGAACAAUGAUGGUGAACCUUUUAGAGCUCUCAUGCCACAGGUUUACCAGCACUGCUUUAUAGGAUGGGUGAAGCCAAAAUCAGAGAAUUUUGGUGUGUAACCUAAACGCUGGCUCUUAGCUCACAGCCUGUGGAAUUGCCUUGCCACAACUGUUAGUAGCUCCCAUCUUCUUGGGAUUUGACCCCGCGUUCACAUUUAUUCACUUUGGAGAAGUAGACGGUGAACUGAGCAGCUGGGUUAAGAAAGGAAAGUCAUUGCAAAUGUGAACAGAUGUUCUGAUUUGGGGACAACAGGAAGAGAGACUUGAUUUGUUAGUUUCCACCUUCCUCCCUUCAGGAAAAAAUGGUGUUUGAACCGAUUUUCUGUAACUCAUUUGUAUAGAAAAUCUCUAAUGCAGCAGCCUCAAAGCCUCAUUCCUCUAAAAUAUGCCUUUCAUUUAUGUGUUUCCACUUAAUCUUGCCUAAACUUCAACAUGUUCCAAAUUCUGACUGUGUGCAUAGAUUUUGAAGUUACUUGGCCUAGUUGCAUUUCGGUGGCACUGGUGUGUAAAUUGCACAGACCCAAUAACAUGAUACCCACUUCCACGUACCGAUAAACACCUGUGCAUGUGUGCAUAACUCCUUAAGAAAAACUGAUUACAUCACAGCAGUGUUUAAUGGAGCUAUCUUUUUAUCACACACAUCGUGAUUUAGCAGUUAUGUACCAAAAUAUAUGUUCACAUACUUCAUUAGUGUCUUAGAUUCCUCUGAUAGUUGUCCUUGAGAAUUUUUUAAAAGACGUGGUAGAUAGUGUGUGGAGGAUGUGGACAUGUGUUAUUUUAAUAGGCAAGCAGAUACAUUUAGAUUAGAAAUUGUUUGGUUUGCCUUUAGAUAAUGGUUUACUUCACUAUUUGAGGCAUUAAACGAUGUUAAGCACUGUCAUGCCUAUUCUUGGAUGUUAGUUUAUAUAAAAGAAUACUUCUUUAUGACUGGUUAAUGAAUUCAAAUGAUUUUUAACUUGUAAGAAAAUCAUUCCAUAUAUGCAUUACUAUCUGUGGUAUCUGGGCACAAAUCAAAACUUUUGUUCUUGUGUAUAUCCUUGCCAGAGUCUUCCCAAGUUGGAAAACAUUACAUAAAGGACUAGCUCGGCCUACCCUAUAUUGAUGUUACCCAUAACUAGGAAGAAGUUGUUCUUGUUCUGUAUUGUUUGUUCUCUGUUUGGUGGGUUGGUUGGUUGAUGGUUGGCUGGGGUUUGAUUUUAACAGAGUAACAUGGUGCAUUUAAUUUCAGUUUUCAGCCAGAAGAGUCCUCACUGUUGUACUAAUUUGUUGAAAGAUGUCUGUAAGAUUGCACAACCUUACGUUUUCCGGAGGGCUGGCCCCUGCUGGUCACAGUUCUGUGUGUAAGUCACUUAACCUCUGUGUGCCCAAACAAGUUGUGCUUUUUUAAAAGCAGUUAAGUUUGGGCACAUGCUGUUUUGGGGCCGGUGGGGUGGGGGUUGGUUGGCAGCUACUUUGAGAGCCCCAGUGAGCCUUGGAGACACUGUCCGAAAUGGGCUAUUGAGUGAGAGACGUGGUCUAAUCCUGUAGGACCCUUCUCAUACCGCAUGUCCAAGGCUGACAGAGCAAAGGCAAUGCACACUUACUCGGCUCUGUGUACAGAUCUCGAUCAGUAUGAGAUUCUGAGCUAUGUGAGUGCUUUACCUCACAUACAAACCGAGGAUGCUGAGGUUGUCACCACUGAUCUCUUCGUUAUGACGAAUGUGUCCCUCACUAGCACCAUUAGAGGUAAGAAGGUCCUGCAUAUGAACAUACACUGAAAAUAUUGGAUUCUUAGAAGAAACUGGUCACGGGUAGAUUCUUGCCUAGCAAUGAAGUGCCUUUAUUUUCAAGAUACAGGAUGAUUUGAUUUUCAGUGUUCCUUUCUUUUUCACCAGAUUGUACUUCGUACUCCUAAAUCUUGUCAGUCAUCACGAACAAUGUGGUGUAUGCAGUGUCUUUCAGAUAAAAGGGGGGAAGUUUAAUUGCUAUCCUUUCCUGUAAACAGUUAUAAUUAAAAUAAGCUGACACAGUAUGAUUAGUCAGUAUUAGAUACCCAUCAGCUCACCUUUUAAUGGACCCUUACCACACAUUAGGUACUGUUCCAAUCCGCGGAGACAGAGAACUCAGUCUGUGCAAGUAGUGCCAGAUAAGACAUUUCACAGUUUCUGAUCUUGCAGACUGAACAUGCAAACAUGUCACUGUCAUUUUCGUCUGUAACAUAUGUAUCGUGUACCUUCCAUUAAGAAUCUGUCGGUGAGCCCCCUGUCUGGUCAGUGUGAAUCACGUUAACCUACUGAUAGCUUAAGGAGCACCUUAUGUAAGGAGUCAUAUAUUCCAUUAUUUUUCCCCAUGCAGGCCAAGUAGUGAUAACUCGGAGUGCUCACGGACUAUAAAAUUGUGCGGUUUCAGGACCCCUUCUGCUCCACCACAGGGCACGAAGAAGAAAGUAUUAUAGCUCACUUCAUGAUUCCCUUUCCUUAAAAAAGCCUGUGUACGUGCGUCUUAAUGAAUGUUGUUGAAAGCAAUGUAAAUAGUUGAAAAUAUAAAUUUCUAUUACACUUGAAGAUAUGAACCUUAUGAAUGAAUCAUCACUAGCCACUGUUAAUAUCUAUUUGUAUUCUUCUUAUACCUUUUCAAUAUUUGAACAAAUAUAUAGUUUCUGGCACUAUUUUUAUACUAGGAUAUGGCAUUACUAUGUAUAUUAUGUUUAGCUUUGACGUCAUUUUAAAUAAUUGUGAUGUUGGUUUCUUUCCUUUCCUUUCCCCGACCCUGAGAACCCUUUCAGCUUGACUCUUGCGUGAAAGAAUCAUUUUACAGGAACACUUGGCUCCCUGCUGCUCCCUGUGAUGUCAUGAGACAGGCGGGGAGCAAACCCCUCACCUAUUCAGUUGUCUCUUUGUUUUGCUAUGCUUUGUAAAAAUAAAAAGAAUGAACAAGUA